AAUUCUAGUUCUCGUGCUUUCACAAAAAGCUUAUUGCUUUCAUUUUUCUUUUGAAACAUGGAGAACAGUUUAUUUGUGAUAUUUUUUUCUGCUUUAUUAAUCCAGGUCUGGGCGCAUGGGCGACUUCUAGAACCACCUUCGAGAUCCUCAAUGUGGAGAUUUGGUUACUAUACGCCUAAGAAUUAUAAUGACAAUGAAUUGUUUUGCGGGGGAAUUUACGUACAGUGGCAGAUUAAUAAUGGUAAAUGCGGUGUCUGUGGUGACCCCUAUCACGUUCAACAGCCUAGGCCGAAUGAAGCGGGAGGAAAGUAUGGUCUAGGGAUCAUCGUCAGAAACUAUACUGUAGGCCAAGAAAUCGAGACCACCGUUGAUUUGACUGCAAACCAUUUGGGAUACUUCGAGUUCCGGAUCUGUCCCAACAAUAACACGAAUAAAAUCGUUGAACAAGAUUGCUUGGAUAAAUACCCUCUACAGCUUGCAGAUGGUACAGGCACUCGAUAUUAUGUGACAAAAGAACAGAUGGGAUUGAUUCAUGUACCUCUCAAGUUACCAAGGGAUCUUAGAUGUUCGCAUUGCGUUUUACAGUGGCAGUACCGGGGAGAAAAUAAUUGGGGCAAGUGCUCAGACGGAACAUAUAAUCUGGGAUGUGGUCCUCAAGAAACAUUUCGAGCUUGUGCUGAUGUCUCUAUCUAUGACAGAGUCAAAGCAAGUGCAAAAAUAAACCAAGCAGGAAAAGGUUUUCAGUAAAAAAAAAAUUGAAUUAACCAGUGAAUAAAUUCACUGCUAAUAAAAGCUUGUGAAUAUAUAAAAUAUAAUUAUAAUAAGAAAUCAAUAAUAAAUUUAAUUUAAACUUAAUCCGAGGAAUGCAAAUAAGAGUUAUUUUUGAAACACCUUUUAUAUGUUUUAGUUCUUCAAUAAAUGAUUAAAAUUUACUUGUUCAUCUGAAAA